AGCCAUGGCAACGACAAACCCGAGAUUCCGUCUUCGACAUUUCAUUUAACGAGCCGCAUUUUUCUCCAUAUACACCAAUCCCCCCACUUAGUUUGAUUUGUUUUACAAAUAAAAGUGUACAAUAAACCUUAUUUUAUCGAAGAAAUAUGUCACCAUGGUAACACUGUUUCUUCGCGGUUGUUUACAUGCCGUCGACUGACACACGAUGACGUAAACGGUCUUUUAGAUGCCUCACGUUCGAAAAAGUGGUGCGCAGUCAAGAAACUUUUAAAAUUAAAGUCAACCAAAUAAUAACAAGAGCAAUAUGUCGGAUAUAUUGUGCAAUUGGCUCAACGAGGAGGUUCGGUUGUCAAAAGUCAUCGAACCAAAGAACUUUGCGAAGGAUUUCUCCAAUGGUUACCUAAUUGGAGAAGUGCUACAUAAAUACCAAAUGCUUAAUGAUGUUAGCAACCUAAUGAAAACAGACACCUCCACGUCCAGACUGAAUAAUUUCACUCGCCUCCAGCCAACUCUCCAUCGGUUGGGCAUCUCCUUUGACCUAAACACAGCUCAGGGACUGAUUCAAGAGAAGCCUGGUGCUGCCACACAUCUUCUUUAUCAACUCUACGUCACGCUAGAAAAGCAGAAGAAGAAAAAAACUGAACUCAUGCAAACCGAUGUCCUACAUAAAAAAAGUCAUCAAGUCUUCUCUGAUCGACUACAUCUUGUGGAAGCGAAACGCGAUGCGGAAUUGAAAUUGCAGAAAGUGAAUCAAGACUUGGAGAAGAGACGCCCUCAGUCAAUCCAAAAGGAGAGCGAAGACCAGGAAGAUAAGAGAGCCUUACACAUGAGGAAGUUUUCUCGUCCAAAAUACAGUGAUGUGACGUCAAGUCAAAACCAGUCUGCUGAUGUCCAGGUGCCAAAGCCGCCACCCUACUCCUCUAUGGUCAACAUGAGGAAGCAGAAGCAUCAGCAACGCAAAGAUCAGCAAGCAGAGACAGUAGAGGCUGAAAUUGCAGAGUUCGAGAUGAACAGAAAGAAACUGACAACUUCAGGCUUAGCUCCCUCUUCAAGUGGUCUAGACGUUCCACUUGGGUCUAGCACCAAGGGCAAUGGAGGUGAAAAUGAGCUCACACUUCAGUCCAGCAGCGCAUAUAUUCAGGAGAUUCGGCAGAGGCGGCAGGAGAAUGUCUCUGCCUCUGAGCAGAGAGAAAAAAGACGAAUCAGGUGCCUGGUUGAGCAGCUCAAGGCCCAAGAGGCUCAAGAGGAGAGAUGGCGUGAAGAGCAGCUUGUUAGGUGUCUGACAGGCCAGACUCAGCAAGAGAAGCGUUUGGCAGUGCAGCUACUACAGAUGCGCAAGCAGAAGGAUGCGUUCCGACAGAACCGCCUGCUGAUAGAACAACAGUUUCAGCAACAGAGAGAGAAGGAAUUCCGUGAAGCUCUUGAAAGGGAAGCGGCCUUGACCCGACAGGCCCAAUUGGACCGAGCAGAAGAGAUCCAAUUGGAGCUGGAGUUCUGUAAGAAGAUGGCUGCUGAGUGCGCUCGGAAAAGAUCAAACAAGCAUUUUGAGAACUGCAAAGAGAUUUUGGAGCAAAUUUUGGACUUGGCCACGAAGGUGGGAGAGUACCGCCUGCUCACCACAAAUUUGAUUCCAGCAAAGCUGAUGCGUGAAUGGAAGGAACUGCUGUUGAACGGUCUGCCUCUUUACGAGCAGCAGCGACUCACAUCGCCCGACCCUGUGGAACUCCAAAAGCAGGAACUUCUCAACAUGCAGGAUUAUGAGGAAUAUGUUAACAUGGUGGGAGAAUGGACGUGGACAGAGGAAUGCGGGGAGCCCAGUUAUCCAGUUGUGCCUACCCUCAACAUCAUUCUCAGACAUGUGUUCUUGAGGAUGAGGAGCAUGAUCCCGCUACCAAGUCCAUCGACAAUUCCUGGUUACAGGCUUAAGGCGUGUGUCCUAGGCAAGUUCUGUUCUGGCAAGACCACCUGCCUGAAAAAGAUUGCUCAAGAUCUCAAAAUAUGUGUUCUAUCUGCGGACAGCUUAGUAGAAGCGGCAUUGACAGCCUACCAAAAAAGAGAGGUGGUCACAGAAGGAGAAGAGAAUUCACUUGCCACAGUUCUAAAUACUGAUCUGCAUAAUAAAGAAGAAAAAUCACGCAUAAAUUUGUCGAUCCGUGCGAUGCUGGGAAGAGCUGCCGCAGAGAAUCUAGGCGAGGGCAACGUCAUUCCCGAUGAGCUGUUGGUGGACAUAUUCGUGGAAGCUAUCAGUCAGAUUCCAUUCGAAUCGGGCUGGAUACUGGAUGGCUUUCCGUUCAACAUAGACCAAGCCCAUCUACUUGAGACGGCAAUUGCGUCUAUGGACACGGGAUACGAAGUAGUGGGCGGAAAGAUAGACCUCGCAAUCAAUCCCAAUCCUCCACCACCUCCACCUUCGCCACCGGCACUGGACUUGGCUGUACUGCUGGAUAUUCCCGAUCAGUGCGUUGCCAAGCGGGCAGUCCAUCACGUUGAUGGCGGUUUAACUACAACUGCUGGCAAAUCGACUCCAAAUUCAAACAACAAAUUGUUUGUGGCGCAGAUUGCACACAGGGUCACAUCUUUUCAGGAUAACUGGAUCAAACUCGAGGAAUGGUUCGGGAACACCGGAAGGAAAAGUAUUUUGACGCGUGUGAAUGCAGAUGUUAUGAAGGAUGAUCUUUACAUGACCGUGAAAAAUAUUCUGCAGAAGGCUAUAACGCAAAAACAGGAAGCUUCUAGGUGGCAAUUUGUUGAGGAAGUUGUGGUGGACAACCCACUGCCUCAAGUAUCAACUGCUCCUCCUGUGCCUGCCGCGCAAACGCCGUCCGUCGUAAAUGAUGCCAGCAAACACGAAGACUCCAAAUCGAAUACUAAAUCGGAUAAAUCCAGCUUGACCACAUCAUCAGAUAAAGCGAGUAAGGGGUCAGCUGACUCAACACUUGAUGAUGACUCGCAAGAAACCACAUCCUCUUCUUCCUCCCCCGUCCCUGGCUCUCCCGGCUGGUUUUAUGUAGAUGAGCCGCUGUCCUUGGAUAAAGCAGAGUAUUUGUGCCAGCAAUGGGAAGCAAUAUGUGAUUGUUAUGUGAGCAGUGUAAAAUCUGUGAUGCAGGAACUCCGCUUAGAACGCACUGUUAUUGACCAACAGUUGUAUGACAUCAGAGAGGAGUUCAAACACUACCUAGCGCGACCGGACCUGAAGCAGGAAUUGGUGUCUCAGUGGCAGAAGGACUACAACAGCAUACCUGACGACCUGAGAAAGAACGAGGAGACCAAAGCAGAGUUAAAUCAUCGCUUGGAUGAUCUGCGAGAGCAUUUGUGGGAUAUUGUUGAAACGCACAAGGAGGACGAUGAGACACAACGAGCUGUCCUCAUACGUGAAAAAUGGUUGGAGGACCACACAGCUAUCCUAGUCAACCACCAUUUAAGGCUCAUUCAGGUGGAAAUGAGCCGUUUCCAGAACACACGGAAUAUUUUGCGGGACUACUAUCUGUGUGUAGGUCAACAGGAACAUUUGGACUCCAUCCCUCUCCUUGAAGUCGAAGAUACAGAAAAUGCAAAGGCACUUCGUGAGCUCCUAAUCGCCAAACAUGAAGAUGCCCUCGCCGUCAUAAGUAAAUUGGUGUCUAUAGAAUCCCACCAGGUGGACCUAAAGACACAUGACAGUGAUAAAAGCCAAGAGAAGGAAAAAAUCCAAGACAAAGAACGACCCCAGGAGAAGGAAAAGGAAAAAGAGAAAGAUAAUGCAAACAAAAAGAGUAAAGAUAAAAAACAAAAAGGUUCGACAUCUCCUCCUCCUUCACCCAGCCCACCACCAGCUGUGGAGACCGCAGAGAAGACCUCUGUAGGCGUUAAAAAUGGCAAACAGAAACAUAUCGUCAAAGAAUACACAGCUGCGUUAAAGCAUGAAGAGAAGGCAUCACAUAUACGUAUUCGGUUGGUGAAUGGCCACGGUCUUGUGUUGAUCAACUCCCUGCACAGCAGAGCUGAACAGAUUUUUAGUGACAUGCGAGACAGCUUAGAAGCACACUAUGUUGCACAGAUGAAGAGUAUUGACCAACUUACAGACGUAGUGCGCCACUUCAUAGAGACGGCUACUAAACUUCAGAAUGAGUUGGUGUUGGAAAGUAUUGAUUUCUAUUUCAAUGGAGACUUGGUAGCGAGUUCACCGGCUCACUUUAGCCCAGCUGUGUCGGAGAGAGUAACCACCUCAAUGCUGACGGCCCUUCAGCUAGAUUCCCUGUACCACUGUCUUUGCAAUGAGGCUCCAACAGGUGUCAUGUCCAGUUCUGAGUUCUUCCAUCUAAUUAGGGACAUCCUCCCAUUCAACACUCUGCCUGAACCUUGGGAGAAUAUGACUGAAAAUCAGUUGAACGAGAUCAUUUCUCUGCUCACUGAUGGAUACAAACAGAUAGAUUGGCGUCGAUUCCUGCUCAGUGCUGCUAUCCCUUGGCCGUUUCCCUCCUUAACUCAACUGCUGCUUGUGCGCAAGCAUUUUAAGGCGGUCGACACUGAGGACACUGGGUAUAUAAGCGAGGAGCAAUAUAUGCAGACUGAGUUGUGGUUUCCCACUGGGUGUGAGCAGUCCAUAUCCGAGGACUCUUAUGAGCCUCUUUAUAAUCGUGCGAAUAACCUACGCAAGUUCUUUUUCCAGCUUUUUUCUGAUCACUCUACCACACCGCCUCAACUGGACUACAUGACCAUGCUUUUGUGCUUCGCCGCUGAUCCCGAUCCCAAGCAGGGCUUCAUUAAAGCGCUGAGUUUAAUGACUGGACAUCAUCUCCAGUACUCUUCCUCAAGCCCUCUGCACACAGUGACAUCAUUGACCGAUACCAGUCUAGGCGAGACCAUGGUGCUGACUGGAGAAAAAUACAAGGGGGAAGAGGAGUUUUCAGCAAACAGCUUGUUGGCAAUGCAGACGGUGUCCAUCCCAGCUCUUCUUUCUGUUGUUGGCCCUGAAGUAGGAAAGAUGAAAAGUAGCACCCACCUUCCUUCUGGCUGCUUGAGCCAGAAGGAAAACAUUGAGUACCUGAUGCAGAUAUUCGCAGAGCUCGGUUACACUCCAGAAGAUGUCAUUCCAUUCUCCAUCCUCUCUGAGCAUCCCUCAUUUCAUAACCUCAUCGAGAACACUGACCACCACCUCUUUGUUAACAUUCAUGAUGUGCUACAAGCCCCUCAGCCACAAGAAGAAACUGUGCAGUCUCCACAUUGAUAAAACAUACUGCAUAUACGUCUACAUUCCGUCUUCUAUAUGUUGAAAUCAAAUGUGUGGAAAGAAUAAAUACACAGAACCGCAAAAUUCUUGUGUGGUGCCGUCAGCGUUGAACGAGUUGGACAUUCCAUAGUUUCAACGCGUAGACUUAAGUGAGAACGUAGCCGAUUGAAAACAUCAGCCAUAAACGGAACUGACCUUUCCAACUCGUCAUUCUUUUUUCUGAAACACUCCAGUAGUUUUUCUGAUUCACUUGUUUUCCCUAAUGACCUCUCUGACACAGAGGAGCAUCGGUUUGCGUCCACAAUGAGCGCAUU